AUGUACCUAAAGAUAAAUAAACUGCUGAAAGAAACAGAAAGCAGUAACCUGGAGCUGUCCUCCAAGCUCACAUCUCAGGAGGAAGACAACAAGAGACUCCAGGAAGAGGUCAUGGAGCUUAGAGCUGAAAAAGACCACCAAAACCAACUAGUGGAAGUCAGUCGAAAGUAUUUGGAGGCCUACAAUGAAGGCCCAAUAAAACACCUCCAAAGGUCAAAUGAAGAGACCAACACAGAGCCCUUCAUAUCAGAUGGUGAGAACGAUGCUGCAGAAAUACUCCAGAGUGCAGAAGAACAGAUGUCUCAAUGGAGGAGAUUAAAGCAAUUUAGGACUCCAAAAUAUCGCUAUCAGUCCAAGCAGCGAAGGAGGCUCAAUAUGGACCAGGAGUGA